GACUGGUCGUGGAGGGAGAUCCGUCCUCCGUCACUCGGUGAGUCCAGGGUCCGAGGGUUGUGCUCAGUGUUUCACUGGUGUGUAAAGCGUGUUCGCCGUAUCUACUAACAAAACUUUUAAAAGUGAAGUAGGCCUACGUAAAACCUGAACGAAAACAAAUCUCGGAUUUUCUUUUCAUUUUUGUCUCCAGUUUUAUACCGGUUAUUAGGCUACAGUAACUGGAGGUCAGCUGCGUUCCUGUCGAUUUGGGUCACCUGCUCGGCUCGCUGUAGCAUCUUCCACGGUGCUGAAUUUAGAUACGUUUUUCAUCUUGGUAUUAAGAUUGAAUUGACAAUGGAUUCGGUUUUUCUAUCAACUUCAAUGUCGUGCCUCGGUUAGACGAUUUAAAUACAGAGGCUACUCCAACAACCGGUGGGAUAACGAAAUAUGGCCAAAAAUUGUUCUGAGGGACCGCGGGAUGAUUUGAGCAAGCUCUCUGACGAGGAGCCCUCAAGGUUGAGCAAGGAUGAGCUUGUUAGAAGGCUGCGGAAAGCGGAUAACGAGAAAAUGAAUUUAAUGGUGGAACACGGGAACAUGAUGAAAGACGUGAACCGGAGACUACAGGUCCACCUCCACGAGAUUCGGAGCCUUAAAGAGGUCAAUCAGAAACUGCAGGACGACAACCACGAGCUCCGGGAACUGUGCUGCUUCUUGGACGAUGACCGACAGAAAGGAAAGAAGCUUUCCCGGGAGUGGCAGCGCUUUGGCCGCUACACUGCAAGCGUCAUGUGGAAAGAUGUUGGGGUGUAUCAGCAAAAGCUCAAGGAGCUUGAAAUCAACCAGGAUUCGGUUAUUAGAGAAAACACGGAGCUAAAGGAAAUAAUUAUUAUGCUGGACGAGGAGAGAAACGGGGCCGGCUCAAGGAGCUCCAUAGACAGCCAGUCCAGCCUGACCAACCUAAACGGGGGUUCGGCCACUGUGCGCGACGUUGGGGAUGGGAGUAGCACGUCGAGCGCCGGGAGCGCUGGUAGCCCUGACCACCACCACAACCACAUACAUAAACCCGCCGAGAGCAAGAUAGCAGCCAUUCGAAGGUCGAUGGACGACCUUUCAGGCACUCAUCUCCACAGAAGCAUCCCCAAUGGACUGAACGAUGUGUCCUCCAGCUACAUCCAUCAGCUGGAGAGCAAGGUGAGGAUGCUGGAAGACGACAACAAGCAGCUGCUGUGCCAGGCAAACGGAGGGGAUCUGAAGACACUGAAGAAGGGGCUGUCUCUCUACCACUCCGAGUCUCAGCUCUCCUCACUCACACAGUACCAAGACUCACUGCAGAAUGGCUCAGGAAGGCCUCCUAGUGGUGAGCCCUCCCCUACUGCCGGCUUCCUUCCUGCCAGCCAGAAACCUGAAGCUGUGGUCCACGCCAUGAAGGUGCUGGAGGUCCAUGAAAACCUGGACAAGCAGAAGCUGGAGGCCUACGAUGAAGACCUGAGUGAGAAAGAGAAAGCCAUAGUUCGGGAGAUGUGUAACGUGGUGUGGCGUAAGCUGGGAGAUGCUGCAGGAUCCAAGCCCUCUAUCCGACAGCACCUCUCUGGGAACCAGUUCAAGGGGCCUUUGUAGUCCUGAAGACACGUGUGUCUGAAACCCACGGACGUCAGCAAAUAGAACUAAAAACACAAACACCACCGUAGUUCCUGGGCACUGUGUGUGACCUUCACAUGAUCAACCACCCCACCUGUCGUAUCCCUACCCCACUUCUCCAACAUCCAUGAUGUUCAGCUUCAGUUCACUCAUUGGUCCAAAGCGACUAUUCCAAAAUGCCUGGGCAGUGACCAUCUCUGACUGGAGUGGAAAGUGGAAGACAUCUGGACAAGGCUGUUAUUGUGUUAACGCUCAUAUGUGAUUCUUUUUCUCAGCUAAGCACACAUUAUAGUUGACCUGAAGGGAAGGUGAUAUGGGAACAUACACCAUAAUGAAAAAAAGGUUUUGAGAACAUUUUUCUUCUAUUCCUGUAUGGUUUUACCAGGCAUUUUCAAGCAUCACAGAGUCUAAACCUCAAUGACAGACAAGCUAUCCAACAUGCGACUCCUUCAAUAUCUGAAUUUCUCAAUCAGCAACUCUACCGAGACCUUUAGUUUUUCCUUAUGGUCACCAGUGUUGUUGUUUAUCAGUGUUCAACAUGGGCUCGUAGCCCUUUUCUAGGCACACAUGGACUGAAACACAGUUCGCUCAUGUUGCUUCCUUCAAAUACCGAUUUUUGACAGCUCUUCAAAAAAGGACUACUCAACUGCUCUGUGACUUCAACAACACCUAACACAGAUUUGAUCAAAAGUAAACAAAUGGGAAUGUACUGUUAUAUAAUAUUUUCCCAAUACACAGUAUAGUAGCAAGCCAUAGGUUUAUAUUCUAUACAGUUCAAUGUCAAGUACUCGUAGAGCCCUUCACCUAAAACAUAAAUAUACAAAUGUAGACAGAAAAACCCUAAUUGUGUACACCUAAAAUGCAGCACCAUAUGUUGUAUGUUGUUUAAAGUAGCACUAAUAUUUUGAAACACAGUUUUCUUCUAUGGCCAUCUUUGUUACCACUGUUAUCUAGGUGGUGCACCAAAUUAGGUUGCAUCCUUUGAGUUUAAAAGUUCACUUUCGAGUAAGAGGUUAGCCUAUCAAACUAGAAUAUCCAAAAGCUGGUGAUUCAUAAAGACUUCCCAAAUGAUGCAGUGAUGUUUAUGAUAAGAGAAAGGAUAUUUCUGUAUGGGAAAAGGGACUUUGAUAUACAAUCUAUAAAUAUUCUAUGACAAUCGUUAAAAGUUUUUGAAAUAUAAUAAUGCGAGAAUCUUUUUUGGGGGGGUGUCUCUUAUAUUAAUAAAUGAGAAGGUAUACGACUUCCAUACCUGUAAUAUCUUGUUAUUCCACCUGUAAUGAGGUCUUAUAACUAAAGUCUCAUUGGAGAUCUAUGUGUACCUUAUGAAGUGUUAUAAGUAGGUAAUGAAAACAGCAUUGGGCAUCUUAGUGUGCUCUACACAUUGAGGUGGGUUAGCUGAGUCCUGUGUAUACUGAACCAAAGUAUACGUUUAGACAACAGUAUGCACACUUGUUGGAUUUCAAGUGCAUCGAAGGUUAUUAGCAGGACUUAGCAGAGAGCUAGAAUGAGUUGAUGAAAUGUGAUUUAAGACUUCAUUGUACUUCUCCAUGAAGCAUCAUAGUGACUAAGUACUCUAUGAUAACUCAUAUGAAAGCAGAUGGUUUCUGUUCAGCUUGGUUCUAUAAGUUGAUUGCAGUUUCUAUGGAUCUUGCAUGUGAGUUUCACAAACAGACCAUCAGAUACCCUGUAAAGCAGCAUCAUAGAACUGACCUAACAUGUUAUGAAGAUUUAUAACAAUCUAAGAAAUGUAUUCUAUAACUGGUCUCAUACGUGUAGAAAGUUUGGACAUGGAAUGGAGGUUCUUCUGUCUAGGUUGUUUGUAAGUCACAUAACUGAUUUGUGACAAGUUAUGUAUGAAGUUUCAUAGAAGUCUUACAAACUGUAAAAGGGCUUGUGGAUACCGAUAGAUUUCGGAAUAGAUCAUUUCAAACAUGUAUGAAAGACACUUGCUGCAUUUUCCCUCUCUUUGUAUGUUAUCUUGACAAAUGGUCAUUUGUCAGAUGGAUAGAAGGAAUCAGAUUUUUUUUUUUUCAGAAUUUAAGUUUGACAUAUUGUCACUCUAAAUAGGGUUCCACACUGUAUGUGUGCUACUUGUAUUUUUCAGAAGGGAAUGUAAGUACCUACUGUACUCACAUUCCUUGCUCAUUGGAUGAGAGAUUAUACAGUUUUGAGGAAUGGCCAAUGAGUAUCUGAGUUUCAGUGAGAUUCAGAAUGCAGCAGGUGACUUUUAUUAGUGAUGUUUAUAUGAGCCUGACCUUUAGCAUAUACGAGCCGUAUGAACAAAAGACAAGCAAUCAUUUGGAGAAGAAAGGUAACAUUUGUAUCGGUACACCUGAUAUAUGGAAAUACUUAUUUCAAUUGAGGAUUGCUAAAAUAAAUAAUACUGUCUUGCACAGUAUUUUUUGGGUAACAGAAGGACAGUGAUCAGGUCUUUUGAAAACACACCUAAUUAAUGCAUUUUUGGAUAACUCCAUACACACAUUUAAAAUCAAUUUUUCAAAAGUGACCUUCUAGAAACAUCUGCUAUAUACAUGCGACUACUGACCUUUUAUAUUUGUUGAUUUGAAAGCACAAAGUGACAAUUGAAAAGUUUUGACAAUUUUCCUAUGGUUACUUUCAAAUGCACUGCUUCUUUUGUCAAAACAUGAUGUGUUGACGUAGAACCUGCAAUGACCUACUAUAUUCUCUUCUUAGCCUCACUCUAUCCCAGACACAGUGAACAUGUAUUUUAGGAUAUAGCCAGUGCUUUGUAAAUAAAUACUGUUCUCCUGUAGGAUAUAUGAAAAUAGCAUGCCUUUAUAUAUUUUUGUCUUUCAUAAGCUGUAUGUAGCUGAAAUGCAUCGAUAUUUUAGCAAUUUAUGAAAAGUGUGAUAAAUGGAUUAAGAAAGCCUCUUUUAGAUGAUUUUAAAAAUAAAAUUUAAGUAUACUUUCCUUUGUAAAAGUAUAGUGUAA